CGGAACUAAAGUCGCUCGUCGAAAAUCUUGACGGGGUCUUUUCACUGUGACACAAAACGUCAUUAAUUUGGAGCAGUAACAUCAUAUCAGUUAGCCGAGCUUGUUGUAAUGGAAGGGGGAGGGACAGCAGGUGUCGACCUCAGCAGGAAGUUUGUGUCGGAAUCUGAGCUUGAUGAGAAGAGGAAGAAGAGACAGGAGGAAUGGGAGAAAGUCAGGAAACCUGACGACCCAGAGGAGGCCCCAGAGGAGAAGUACGACCCCCGUUCCCUCUUCGAGCGAUUGCAGGAGCAGAAAGACAAGAAACAAGAGGAAUAUGACGAGCAAUUUAAAUUCAGGAACAUGGUGAGAGGAUUGGACGAGGAGGAGUCCAGCUUCCUGGACGAGGUCUCCCGGCAACAGUGCCUGGUGGAGAAGCAACGCAGAGAUGAGGAGAAACAGGAACUGUUGGAAUACAGAUGUCACAGCGCUCUAGUGAAGAAAGCAGCCACCGAAAGCCGCAGAGAGCCUGAAAAAAAGGUGGCACCUAAACAUUCGGGGCCGGAGCAAAAGACCAGCCAUCUGUCUCAGGCCCAUUUAUUGGCUGGCGCUGUCAAGAGACGCAGUUCCUCCCAGUCUUCAGACAGCAGUAAGAAACAGAAGGUGGAAAUCUCAUCAACAGCGACGACAGGAAACGGAGACAGACACACAGAACAGGAGGAUGUAGCAGGAGCAGCAGGCGGAGCUAAAGAUCAACAAACGGUUCCCUGCUUGACGGUGAAGACCCCCUCGGCUCCGCCUAGUUCGGGGCAAGGCGUGUUACACCUGCCGUCAGCAGCCGUGUGCGUGGGCGUUUUACCAGGACUCUGGGUUUAUUCCGGCAGCAGCGACUCUGACAGCAGCUCGGACAGCGAAGUUUAAGCCGAGCAGCCAAUCCCGCACUGACUACCCCGACGACAUCCUGCCCCCCUACACCCAAACCUACUCCCAACAAAAGCCACAGCGACUGCAAGCUGUGCUGUUGGCUGAGGAAAUAGUGAUUGACAGCUGUGGAGCAAGGAAGAGACUGCAUUAGACUGUGUCAAAUGCCCCACGCAUUUUAGCUAUCUAUGGCAAAGGAGAGAGCCGGGGCAGGACAUGCUUCGCUCUCUAUUUGGGUUAAAUGCAAAGUCUGAAUGGUUUGAAAAAAUGUUUUUAUUUGUGUGAUUUAAUGUGUUUUCUCAUCAGUAAUUUGUUUAAAAGUCGCAUUGUGCUGCAAAGAUGCUGGACUUUUUGCUGCUGUCUCAGACGUUGAAGCUUUGUUUUUUUGGUCAAAGUUUGAGCAGCAAGAAAUAAAGAGCUGUCCCUUGUA